AUGCCGUUCCACUCGCAAUCUCAGUCUUCAUUCGUCGCCCGUCUGCCGCCCGAGGUUCGUGAAGCUAUCUAUCUCGAACUCUGGCGUUGUGUCGGCCUGCGGCAACACCUUGUCUCUCAUACAAGGUAUCACGAUGGGAGAUUAGGCGAGGUUCACUUGGCCCGAUGGCCUUGUACGACAGAAUUCUACGUCGGGAAUCGCCUGCAAGAGGAGGUUGAUGCCUUGCCUAUCGAAAUGUUCAAUUCUGUCGGCAGGGUCGCAAACAACAUUCCUUAUCGUCGAAGAGAUUUAUCCUCGUGGAUGAACCAUUGGGCCUGCGAGGAGAGUUUCUUUGAAUGUGUGGUCGAGAAUUGGGACCCUGAACAAUGUGAGAAACUCGAGGAAUAUGAUGAACAUGAAUGUUGGUGCAGUAUCAAGAAAGAGAUGGCGGCGAAACGAAAAGAUUCUUCGGCUCUAGGCUCGUAUAUGGCCAUGCUAUUGACAUGCAAGCUCAUAUCCUCAGAAUGCCUAAGAUCCAUCUACCAAUCCACAACCUUUAUUGUAACAGAUUACUUGGCCAUCCAAGGACUCUUCGGGUCUUGCAACACACACCCAAUAUUGAGGGCACGGAGGGGCUUCUACGAAGACCGCAUAAAACCGCCCCCGGCCUUCCUCCAGUACACCCGUCACAUCGAAAUCUCGCUCGACCGGAACUACCCUCUGCACCAUCGCUGCUGCUGGAGCAUGGCCACAAGAAAAGAAGCUGAUAAGAAUUUGAGUUGCCAAGAAGGCGAGCCUUGCGACGACCUUGAGCCCAAGGUCCACGAACCCUGUGAUUUUCACUGGCUACACCUCGAAAGAUUCCAAAACCUACGAAGCCUGAAAAUUUGGAUUUCUACACACAAUAGCAACCUCUACGGCGGUUUACUUACCCAUCCCACCGGCCUUGAGGAGCUGGAUUUCGAGAGACUGAGGACACUCCUCUCGGGUCUUACCAACCUUGAAUCUGUUGUCUUGAGUGCCCCAUUAAGCAAGCGUGUUGAGCCUGACGAAGGCUACGUUGAAGGCAUUGCAGAGAAGGGAAGCCUGAAAGUUUGGAAAAGGGGUCAAUUAAUCCUUCUGGGGGUCAAAUGGGACAUGAAAGUUGGUUAG